AUCUGCGGUAAGCUUUUAGUUUGCUUUCAGUAAUCAUUGUGUAGUUAGUUGAUGAUAUUAUGAGUUGUCACUGUUGAUAUUAGUGGUAAACUUAUAAACUAAUUAAAUUAUUUAAUAACAAUAUACUUUAUUUUAUUGAAUUAACAAUUACUAUGGCAUUUAGUUUGAAGAGGAAUUCUGCAGAAGUGCACCCAACAGCAAACGGUUAGUGGAUGGGCUGGGAGUUUUUCACGUAUCCUUUUGUAUGCCAAAGGAAAACGCAAAGGGUUGUCAACCGAUCUUACAAUAUUACUUGACGAAAUAGCAGCUAACAACAACCUACUUGAAGAUACCAAAGAAGAAUACGCUCUAUUACUACUUUCACUUAUGUUAACGGUUCCUAUGCGAAAUCGGCAACGUGCCUCAGUUGCUGAAGUUUGCAAGCGAUUUAUCCAGCUUCAUCCUUAUGGAACUUCAAUGGAAAAAAUUCUUUCUAAAAUCAAAAGUGACAGUAUUAAACAACCAAUAAUUAUUGCAUUGGGUGUAACUGGCAACAUUAGCCAAUCCUUUAUUGUUGUAGAAAACAAAGUUAUUGAAUCGCGUUGUAUGGUAUCUGCUGUUGAUAAGUGUUUCAAGCUACACUACAUUGGUCAAAUUGAGUACGACCAAAGUGUUAGCCAUGUUUGGCAGUUUUUGCAAGUGCAUUUUUAUGAGAUCUUAGAUAAUGUUUCUAUCUCAGAAUGUGUACGAGAUCUUGUUACUUUUUUAAAAGCACGUUAAAUAUAUUUGACACUCUUUUAAAUAAGCAACAUCUGCACACAUUGUGAUAUAGAAAAUUUAUUAAUUGUUAUUCAAAUGCACGCAUCAACAAAAUCUUUUUUAUUUUAUUUGCAGUAUAUACUAAAAACUGUAAUGUUUGUAAUUAUAAUAAUAACUUUUUUUAACUUAA